GUGCGAAAUUUCGAAUUUGCACUUUUUCGGUCGUAAAAGCCGUCCGACAUCGUCGCGGCCGCGCGAGAUAUCGCGAGUGUCACGUGACGAACCUUUUCUCGCGCGCUCGAAAAAGGGCAUGUCGCUCUCUCGUGUGAGAUUUCAGGCUUUUUGGCCUGGUUUAGUCGCGCGCUUGACUCACGCGCUGGCGCUGCCGACUUCCGGCGGAGACAAGCCCAUGUGGACGAUCUCAGCGGAGGCUCCGAUUAGUCCGUGAACAGCGUGUUUUUCGUGCGUAGCUCUUCUCCGCGCUCGUUGCGUGUCACGCACGUCAAAGUUCCCGUCGGUUUCCCAUCGUGCGAUCCGGACUUGGUGGCGUCGCAAUGGCGGAUCUGGAUAACUUCUUUGCCAAAAAAGAUCGAAAGAAGGCGAAAGGAAAGAAAUUCGCCACGACCGACGAAGUCGCUAAAAAGCUGGAAGAGACGGGCAAGCGACUCGAGAAACCCAAGAAGGAGAAGCCGGUGAAUCCCGAGGGGGACGAAUCCCCCACUGAGGAGGAAGAUGAAUGGAAAGAAUUCGAGGAGGAGAAGAAGGACUACAGUGGUCUAAAAAUCGGAGUUCUGACAAUAAAUGACAGCCUUGAAGCGGAGUCGGACGAUGAGAGGGGUACAGGCGAGAAUAGUUCGGACGGAGAAUCCGGUGAGGGCGGUACAAAAAACUCGGGACCAUGGAAGAAACCGGAUCUACCGCCAGAAGUAGUGCCAGAAGUAGUGAUGCCUGCGCCAUCAGCGGCACCACCUGCGUCCACUGGAACUACAAGUUACAAAGCGCCACAUUUAAGAAAUCAAUCCUCGUUUACUAGUACUCCACGACCACGGGGCAAGAAUGUCGCACCUGACAUAAGCAGCGAGGAAUAUUUCCCAACGUUGAGCUCGAAACCCCCACAGCAAAAUAACACCAGUACUCAGUGGGGAAGACGGCGGCGAGACGAAGGAGCGUUCGAGGAAGUUCGUAACCGGGGUGGCAGUAGAUACGUGCCGGACACGCAAGCUCAAGCGCCCAAACUCUCUUUGGGUAACAAAUAUGACGCGUUGUCGCAAGAUCAGAGCUGAAAACACCUGUCCGGAUCAAAUCAAACGACAAAUCAACAUUACAUCGUCGCUCCUCUCCGUUUCGUGGCCCAGCCGUGCCCAAAUCUAUUUUCUAGACUUAGGAUUCAGACGCGUGUAUCAUAAAUAGCAUGCACAUACAUUUGUGUAAGAUUCGGAGACGUUGAUUCUGAUUCUCUUUUUGUCGACGAUCUUGAAGUGAUCGCGCAAAACGGAUCAUCGAUCCCUUGUGUAAGAAAAGAGCUAGGAGUACACUUGGAUAUCCGGAUACUAUUUACAUUAUAUUUACGGGUGGAAUCGGUUUCUAACGGAUACCUGUACGAAGAUUUAUUUGUGAUGCGAAAAAUUACGUCCGUGCAAGACGGACGAGAAGUUGUACGCGUGUGUGACGCAGGUGCUCGUAUGAUUCCGAUUCUCUUUCCGAGUCCUACUUUAUAUCCGCACGUGCGCCCACAAAAUCGUGUAAUUUAAACUGGAAACGAAUAUCGUACAUGUGUAUGCGUAUAAGCUUAUUUUCAUACAAGGUGUAGACAAGAACUGCGGUUGGAACUCGACUUUUAUAUAUACACACAUAUAUAUAUAUAUAUAUACAUAUAUUAUAUGUAUAUAUAUAUAUAUAAAUAUAUAUAUAUAUAUACAUAUAUAUAUUUCAUUUUGUAAUCAGCAUGUUAGUACGCUGCUUCCGACAAAUGCGUACGACGAAAAAGGAUGCACCGGCGCUCGAGUUCUUGAACGGACAAACAACUCUUUGUCAAACGCGGAAAAAAAGAAAAAACAAAAUACGCGUUAUUGCCGUUACGCAAAUAGUACUUUAAAACAAAUCAGUAUCGUUUGUUGGAAUACUUUACAUGGUAUUCGAACUUUUUUUUUUUUUUUUUUUUUACACGGUGCUACUUUUAAUUUAGCGUGCAUACUUACUGCCACGGAGAUCGAUGCCUUCUCAUUGAGAUUAUCGGUGUAGAUAGAACAGAAACGUGUUGUGUGGAGCAUUGUGACGUCCGAACACGAUAAACUUCGAGAUCGGCACGGCAAUGUCGGGGGAAAUUUACGCGAGAGAGAAAGAGACAGAGAAAGAGAGUGAUCUCAGCUGUUUUUAGAAUUAUAUCUUUCGUAAGUCACGAGUCUCGAGAGAUCGCAAGAUGCCUCUCUUGGAUUCUCUCUUUCUUUCUCUCUUUCUCUCUCUCUCUCUCUCUCUCUCUCUCUUUUUCUCUCUCUCUCUCUCUCUGCUUUUGGAAGGGGAAGAUAGAGAGAUUGUCGCUUCGCUCAAAAUGGCAACGUGCGUCAACGAAUGAGAGAAUUUUUAGAUAAAUUAAUUAAGGUAUAUAUUUAUAUAUUAUUAAACAAAUGUACGCGGGGCUGGGCUUUGGAAACGGUGCGAAAAUAAGAGAUAAGAAUUUUGAAGUGUAAACACACGAAUGAAACUUGAGUGAGAGUAGCGAGAGGGUGCGAAGGGCGAAGUAUAAUUGCGAAACGCGACGGGCGUGUCGCGGCGAUGUU